UUAAAGUAAUAUUAUAAUGAAAACUGAUUAGCUUAUGCUUUCUCAGUAGACUUGUUUCAAUGCAUUCUUUUAAUAUUCUGUUUUCCUUUGCUUACAUUCUCUUACAGCUUGCUGUUCUAACCAAUGCUCAGUUCUGUAUGAACAACGUAGGAAACUACACAGCUAACAGUACCUACCAGAAAAACCUCAACACCCUCCUCUCCACCCUUAUCUCCAACACCCAAAUCACUUACGGUUUCUACAAUCUCUCCGUCGGCCAAAUACCUGAUCAAGCAAACGCAAUCGCACUCUGUAAAGGCGACGUUUCGAUCCAAGAAUGUCGCGGCUGUAUUCGGAACUCGACUCGACAAAUCAUAGAGCAUUGUCCCAAUUACAAGGAGGUUCUUGGCUUCUACGAUUCGUGCAUGUUACGUUUCUCAAACAGGUCGAUUUUCGGUCUCAUGGAGACACAACCGACUGUUCACAUGGUGAAUGAAGAAAAUGUAACCGAUGCGAAUCAGUUCGAUUCUGCGCUGCAGAAGCUGUUGAGUAGACUUCGAAGUAAAGCUGCGUCAGGAAAUUUUACGCGGAAGUUCGCGACGGGAAAUGAAAGUGCGGGAUUUGAAACUAUAUAUGGGCUUGUGCAGUGUACUCCUGAUAUAAGUGAGCAGAAUUGUAAUGAUUGUAUGGUUGCAGCUAUUAGAGAUAUCCCGUUUUGCUGUGAUGGGAAAUUAGGAGGAAGAGUGAUGAAACCGAGCUGUAAUUUCAGGUAUGAAAACUAUCGAUUUUACCAACCUAUGGCGGAUGCAGAAGAACUACCACCGCCGCCUCAACCGCUGACGCCUACACAGACAGUGCCUCUUUCUUUACCAGCAAAAGGAAACAACAGAAGGCGGAAUAUAAUUAUCAUUAUCGUUUUAAGUGUGAGCGUGGUUUCACUAGUAAUCUGCACUGUAAUUUUUUUGAAAGUGCUAAAGACCAGGAGAAGAAUCGAAACUGUGGAAGAAAUAAUUAGUGUAGAGUCAUUGCUAAUUGACUUUGAGACAAUCAAAAUAUCAACUGAUAAUUUUUCUGAGGAAAAGAAGCUGGGAGAAGGUGGAUUUGGCUCUGUUUAUAAGGGUACACUUCCUAAAGGAGAAGAUAUAGCUGUUAAAAGACUUUCUAAUGAGUCUAGACAAGGAGAUAUUGAGUUCAAAAAUGAAGUCCUGUUGGUUGCCAAGCUUCAACACAGGAAUUUAGCUCGCCUUCUCGGUUUCUGCCUGCAAGGAAUCGAAAGACUUCUUAUUUAUGAGUUUGUGCCUAAUGCCAGCCUUGACCGAUUUAUUUUCGAUCCGGUACGAUGUGUAGAAUUGAAUUGGGAAAUGCGUUACAAGAUCAUUGUCGGCAUUGCCAGAGGACUUCUUUAUCUUCAUGAGGAUUCUCGACUUCGCAUUAUUCAUCGAGAUCUUAAAGCUAGUAAUAUUCUAUUGGACGAGGAUAUGAAUCCAAAAAUUUCAGAUUUCGGCAUGGCAAGACUGUUUAUAAUGGAUCAAACUCACAGCAAUACGAGUAGAAUUGUGGGAACCUUCGGGUAUAUGGCGCCGGAGUAUGCAAUGCAUGGACAGUUCUCAGUCAAGUCCGAUGUAUUUAGUUUUGGUGUUUUAAUUUUGGAGAUUGUGAGUGGUGUAAGAAAUAGCUGUUUCUGCAAUGAAGAGAAUGUUGAAGAUCUUUUGAGCUUUGCAUGGAGACACUGGAGAAAUGGAACAUCUUCAAAUCUGGUAGACCGCAAUUUGAAGACCGGUUCCAUGGCUGAAAUAAUGAAAUGCAUCCAUAUAGGGUUGCUCUGCGUUCAGGAAAAUAUCGGUGAGAGGCCAACCAUGGCUUCGGUUGUUCUAAUGCUAAGCAGCCACUCCCAUACUCUUCCUGUACCUGCACGGCCAGCGUUUUUUAUGCAUGGCAGCACUGAAUUAGCAAGCUUCACGUCUUCAUAUGCAAAUCAACGAUGAGUAACUCUGUCAUCUUCGAGAAGUGAAGUCCCGAUUACUGAAUUGUUGUAUCGCCAAAUAAAUGGAACUACCGAGCCUGGUAUUUGAAAUCCUCUGUAUUUUUUUACUAUACACAUGACUGAUAUAGAUAAAUACUAGUGACAUCAUUAAUUGAAUAUUGUUCUAGAAUGUUAUAAUAUGUAUAUUUGGCUACUUUAUUAUAUACUUUCAUUCCAAUUGUAAAUUACCAGAUUUUGCA